AUGCGCAAAGUUAUGGAUCAGACUCUGGAUCAGACAAGUUAUAUUUUAUCAGUAGCACAGAAGUAUGAAAUUGUAAACUCUAAAUUAUAUGCUACCCCGAUGGAGCAAAAUCUAAAAUUGGAAACCGCAAAAUUAACGUGUGAAAAAAUUCAAUAUAGAAAUUUGAUUGGAGCUCUUUUGUAUAUUAGCUCAGCAAUUAGACCCGACAUAAGUUUUAGUGUCAACUACUUGAGUAGGUUCCAAAAUGGCUACGAUAAUACUCAUUAUAGAAAUUUGGACGUUAAGAUUAUAGACUGUUAUGUAGACGCCGACUGGGCAGGCGAUGUUACUGAUCGGAAAUCGACAACUGGUUAUAUUAUAAGAUUAUAUGGAAAUGUGAUAUUUUGGAAGUCGGGGAAACAAAAUAGUGUUACAAAAUCCUCUACUGCAGCGGAGUAUGUAGCAUUAUCCGAAUGUGUGAGCGAACUAAGAGUUGUUAAAAAUAUUUUGCUAGACUUUAACGUUGAAACGUAUGAUCCUACAAAAAUCUAUGAGGAUAAUUCGGGUGUGAUAAACAUAGCCAAGUUCGUUGAUACGAUGAUAAAACCAUCUUUCAUUGAAGUAGCUUCUUUGACUGGCGUCGCUGCCCGUCAAGUAUUCGGAAAAACUCUGCAUUCCUUGUUCUCGUUGCCUAUUGAAAAAGGUACUGCAAUGACCUAUCGACGACUGACAGGACAGAGGCUCGAACAGGAGAGACGAAAGUGGCGUCAUACAAGGUGGUUGAUUAUCGACGAGAUAUCAAUGAAACUAUUUGGUGGCGUAAAUGUACUUCUCUUUGGCGAUAUCAUGCAGUUGCCCCCAGUACCGGCACUUCGAAGAGAUCAACUAGAACAGGGAGAGUUGCCGAACGCGGUACUUAUAGACGACGACUCCAUUGCAAAUAGAUUUAAAGAUAUCGACGGUUACAUCCCAAUAUCUCCAGUUGUAGCAACGUUUCAGGCGACGAAAGGUUAUGGGGACGUCGAGCGCAGAAUGUUACCACUUAUUCUAAGUUGGGCAGUAACGGUGCAUAAAUUACAAGGGACUACAUUAAACAAAGCUGUAAUUGAUCUUGGCAAAAAGAAUUUUGCAAAAGGCCAAAUUUACGUCGCUCUUAGUCGGGUCAAAAGUUUAGAUGGUUUAGCUCUAUCUGAUUUAGCACCAAACAAAGUCCUCGUUAAACCGCAUGACGAAAGAGCAUUCGCAGAAAUGCAAAGAUUACGACG